AUGAUGCCCAUGGCCGUGUCCAACCUCAACAUGAACAACCACUGGCAUCCGGACGACGGGCGUCAUCGAGCCAUGACCGCGACCACUCAGCCGUCAUAUCAGCAUCAGCAUCAGCAUCAGCACCUCCACUACCAGCCCGACCACAACCCAUACUACGAUCAAACACAUGCGUCUCCCCGUGGCAUGCCGCCAGCCGUGGCUGCCAGGACCACUCCCGACGCUCUCCCUCCUCCGUUUCACGCCAGCGCGCCUCGCUCCGUGCCCUCGUCAUCGCGCUCGGCUCGCCGACCACCGCCAGCGCUGACUUCGCCGCGAUGGGACUCACUAGGUGGCGGACAGGGCGCACACAUGCUCGCGAGCCCGACCUCACCUCGCUUGCCGCCCUCUCUGCGUUCCCGGCCGACUACACCGGUCACAGCAGCCUACCCCGACGCACAUGACUCCUACAGCGGACCCCCCUCGCGGCCUCUGACGGCCAAGACAUCCUUCCCGGACAUACGGAGUGCCGAACCGGCAUCCGCGCCCGAUUUGAACUUUUCCCGACCUCGAAAACAGAGUGUGCGGCAGCCUCUGCUGCCAACGCCUUCAGAAGAUGGCCCCGAGAUGUUCCAAAACCCUCUGCCGAAUCCGUGGCGUCCGCGGCGGCCGUCCGUCUCGUCCAACGUUUCCGCGUCCACGUGGGCGCCGGGCAUGUCCCCCACGAGCGGCGAGUUCUCUGACGGCCGCGCGCGUAUGAGAUAUGCAGGGCCACCCCCGGUCUCUGCCACACGUCAACAUUUCAGCUACGGCAACCGCAUUGACAGCACGGGGUCGGCGCCUCCCAUGGGUGGGACGGCGCCAUGGGUCAGUGGGGAUGAGGUUCGGUCGAGUUUCAGAUCCCAGCUCACUGCCUCAUCCGCCCCUGGCACCGCCAACACGGAGAGGAGCAGCAUCAUGACCAAGGAUAGCUCGGCCACAUCCUUUGACGCGAACCACGAUCAUGAGGAGGAUCACGUGCCGGACGCGGACGAGCCCAGCGUGGAAGAUGUUAUGGGCAUGUAUGAACAGGGCUUUGACGAUGACGACGACGGCGAUAACGAGGAGGAGAAUCUUGCCGACGGUGAUAAGUACAACGGUGCGGCCGCGGAUCCUGUGCAGGGGGAUCGUGAUGAUGACACCCAGCUCCAGCUGCGGCAGGCUCGGAGCCGCGACGCGAGUUCGGACCGGGCCGCCACUGAUGUGGACGAGCUGUACUUUUCGAAACAUUCGACGUCUGAUCACAGUGAGCCGUCUCAGCCUCAGCCUCCGCCUUCAGCACCAGCGCCCCCGAUCCAGCCCGUGAUUAUCGAGGAAGACCUUGCGCCGCCAACCCCGGCCCAGAUGCAAGCGUCGAAGCUAGACGCGGAGAUUCGACAGUCACGCAUGUUCUUCAGCUCACCGGCCUUUAUGGCUUCCGUAUCGCACCUGGCCAACGCGGACGUGCUCGAGGAGGAGAAGCGCGAUUCUGGCAAGUCGCUCGAGUCUGACCCAUCCGAAGGUCCGCAGCCUAUGCUCCGGCGCGAUAUCCACGCCUCCACAACCACGUCGCCGCACUCCUCGAUACUGGCCGCCAUGCGGGGCGUCAGCUCAUCGCCCGUGUCACCAAGCAGCCCCAUCACGCCUCUCAGCCCGGCGCCGACCGCGGUGGAGGAGUCCGUGGAGCCCGAGGCCCCGGGCUCGCGCGACCGCUACGGCUUCAAGAAGGAGACGCAGCACGUCAGCCGCAAACAGUACGAUAGGUGGGACCGCAGCUACUCCGAGUACCUGGCGAGGCGGAAGAAGAAGUGGGUGGCGUACCUGAAGGAGAGCUCGCUGAUGACGGACGAGCCGAAUCGGUUCCCCGGCAUGUCGCCCAAGACGAAGAAAUUUGUCCGCAAAGGCAUCCCGCCCGAAUGGCGGGGCGCGGCCUGGUUCUACUACGCGGGCGGGCCCGCCAUCCUGGCCAAGUACUCUGGGCUGUACGACAAGAUGCUGCAGCUCAAGGCGAAGCGGGUGGACGUGGAGGCCAUUGAGCGGGACCUGCACCGGACGUUUCCGGACAAUAUCAACUUCAAGCCGCCGGGCACGUCGACAACGAACGCGGGCAACGGCAAGAUUGCCGAGGACGACACGGUGCAGGCGCAGUCGGACGAGCCGCCCAUCAUCUCGUCGCUGCGCCGCGUGCUCUUUGCCUUUUCCAUCUACAACCCCAACAUUGGCUACUGCCAGAGCCUCAACUUUAUCGCGGGACUCCUGCUGCUGUUUGUGGACACGGAGGAGCAGUGCUUCUGGCUGCUCAAUGUGAUCACCAACAUCUACCUGCCCGGGACGCAUGAGAUGAGCCUGGAGGGGUCCAAGGUGGACCUUGGUGUUCUGAUGACGGAGAUCCGGGACACGAUGCCCGCGGUGUGGGACAAGAUCAGCGGCGAGCUCGAGGCGCAGCCGAGCACCAAGUCGCGGCCGUCGACGGGCCGCUCGAUGCGACGGCCCAACUUUCGCCGGCGCGACCAUGCGAGUCUCUCGACGGAGCGGCUGCCGCCCAUCACAAUGUGCAUGACGGCUUGGUUCAUGAGCUGCUUCAUCGGGACGCUGCCGAUUGAGACGACGCUGCGGGUGUGGGACGUGUUCUUCUUGGAGGGGUCCAAGACGCUGUUUCGGACGGCGCUGGCCAUUUUCAAGACGGGCGAGUCCGAGGUGCUCGGGGUGACGGACCCGAUGGAGAUGUUUGGCGUGGUGCAGUCGAUGCCGCGCAAGAUGCUGGACGCUAACGCGCUGAUGGACGCCUGCUUCAAGCGGCGCAACGGGUUCAACCACCUCAGCCAGGGGGCGAUUGAGGAGCGACGCCAGGAGCGGCGCGACAAGACGGCGUCGGACAAGAAGGGAGGAGGAGGGGGGUCGCGCACGGUCAGCGGGACGACGACGGACAAUGAGGAUGGCGCGCGACGCGUGGGCACGCUGUUUCGGCGGAAGAAGAGGGACGCAUCGAGGCCGCGGGGCGGCGAAGCAUAG